AUGGGGCGCACCUUCCAAAAAAUUCAUUGCGCAAUGGUCGGCAGGUUCGAAGAAGGAAUCAAGGAGAAGAUUCCUCAAUGGAUACGAGCCAAUGGAGGCCAGUUCUCUCGAGAGAUCAAUCCAAUGGUCACUCAUCUGAUUGCAACCGAGGAGGCCUAUAAAGACAAUGUAUCUUUGGUGAAAGAUGCCAAGCAGUCGGGAAAGGUCAAGAUUGUCUCAUACGACUGGCUUGAGGAUUCACUGCAAGCAGCCGGUCGACGACCCAAGAAAGAGAGUCCCUACCUACUCCAAGAUCUCACAAAGCCCACCAAAGAUCGGGUCGAAGCAAAGAAGCUUGAAUCUAACAGAGUUACCAAGAAGAACAAGGGCGACCCUUUUGUGGCGCCCAUGAGAAAGAAGAAAGGUAAUCAACUCUUGCGCAAGUAUCUUGUUCGUGGUCAACUCAUGGCUAACACUCGUUUCAAUGUUGUAGCAGUGCGUCGAGCCUUUCAUGAUGAGGAUGGUACGGUCUACAGUGUGACCAUGUUCCGCGCAUCGAAGCCGCCGUCAAAGAGUCGGGAAAAAUACCAGUUAACAGUCUUUGAGACGAACACGGAGCCCCAUUCUUACUCCACAUACACCAAAUUCAGCCGAACAGGAAAAUCCACAGUUGAAAUCUUGACCAAGGCGAAAGCCAAUCUUGAAUCGGCUGUUGCGCGAUUCGAGGAUUUCUUCAAAGAAAAAACCGGCAAAGAAUGGAAAGACAGGGGAGAUGGAAAGGAACCACCUCCCAAGGUAGGAGCUGAGGGGGAGUCCCUGCCUAUCCAUGAAGGGUGGUUCUAUAUCGAAAAGCCCAAGAGCAUCCUCGCCGAAUUCAUCAGGACCGCUCCAAUCGAAAGUGCUGCAACAACAAACGACCCAUUGGGAUAG